UGAACUCAAUGUUUGCAUCGUUUCAGGUGUUUGGUGUGAAAUAUGGAGAUUUUCAAUUGACGAUAUAGUAGCCCAGAAAUACGGGACGAAUCGAAUUAAGAUUGCGUAUCCCUGUGCACUAAUAACAAAGUCAAGGAUGUUCGAUAAAAUGCUAAAAUGCUCAUUAGAUGGUAAAAGCCCAGUAAAUGGGCUGCAAGAAAAAGGAAAAUAUAUAUUCAUUAGAACUCCGUCAAAAGAAGAUAGUUACAAGCAUCUUUCCACAAACAUGAGAGAACAUAAUAAUCACUUAUUGUCUGAAGAGCAUAACGAAGACCGCCUUGGACGUCGUGAUUCACAAGUAAUUCAGGAAAGCACUGACCGCUCGAUCAUUUUGUGCGCUCUGUUCUUGGUCCUGGGCGUACUCGCUUUCAGCUCCGCCAUUUGUAUCUGCUGUAAAACGUCAAAGGAUGGGAACUUCAAAAGGCAAUCACUCAAGCAUCUAGCCCAUAUCCGGCGAAGAUUCGACUCGACCAGACUGAGGACUCCAUUGCAUUCCGCGCUUCCAUCACGUUCCUUUACAUUGUUCGAGAACGAUCAGAUGGAGCCUGUUUUUCUCAACAAGUUGACUAAUAACGAUAACUGCAAGACGUCGAACGUAACGCCAGUACAGGAAGAGAUUCCGCUUGAAACGAGGAUUGCCGUAAGGAUCGACAUCGACGAGAAGAGAAACCCUGUGCCUGGAUGCUCAGGCAUUAGUGCAGCUCCAGUACUUCGCACAGAUCAGACGGGCAAUAGCCAACCCCGACCCCAGUGGACACUCAGCGCUGAAGAGAAACAACGCAAAUUACAAGAUAGGGAGCGACGAAUUCGACUAAGGAACAGUCUUUUUGAUCGCGUUCUAUCUGAAGAAGACCAAUUCGAAGUAUAUGUGGUUAACGAACAGCAACUCUGACGAUUCUAUAUUGGCCCAACCUUGCCCCUAAGGGCUUAUUUCCAUUGAUGACGGGCGCAAAGCUAUUUCGAAACGGUUUUUAGCUAUUUUAUAUACAACUUUGAAGUAUCUAAUGGGCCUUACGAACCUUAUCGUAUAUUUUAUGUGGACAAAGUAUAUUUUAAGUGAUCGCUUCUCAACAAUUCUAUUCUGUCUGUAUUAGCAUAUUUUUUUUUACUUUAUCACAGACUGAAUGGGGCAUUAUUUUGUAUGCGAGGCACAAGGAUACAGUCGACCAUUACCGAAUAAAUGUCGUAAAAAUCUAUAAUUCCUCUUGUGUCACGUGUUAUUGAAAGGCCAUUUUACAAAGCUUUUUAUAAUCUUGUUGUAAGUGAAUAUCAAAAUCAAUUAGGGGAUAAACGCACUAAAAAAAUUAUUCAGAUUUUUACAAAAUCUGAAUUUCCUACGCCAUAUAAGGGCUAGCUAAUGAAAUCUAAUUGAAGGCAGAGUUUCAUUACGUCAUGAAAAGCUAAUUUGCAAUGCAAUAACGGCUAUUUCACUCCUCGUGCUUGCCACCCUCACGGCCGACCAAUCAGAAUUUUUCUUAGGUUGACUCUAUUUACGUCAUAAUUAUCUUAACGAAAUAAUAGAUCUCUUACGAAAACUAACAAUAGACAUGUAGAAUAAGUUAUGUGUUUUAAAAAAGAAAAUUAACCUUGUAGUUCUCUGCAAGAAAACAGUACCUCCAUUUUUUCUCUAUUAGGUCGGUGUAUAAGUCGUGGCUGUUUCUGCAUGCGGCUUCUCUUUCCUUUUGAAGAUCUAGCAUUAUAUAGCGUCUAAGAGCGUUUUCGUAUUCUUAAA